CAUUUAAACAUUAGUUUAUACCUUCUUUUGUUUAUUUUUAAAACGUCGCACCAACAUAACUUAUUUGAUUAAAUAACUUCGCGUUACAUUCGCAAAAUGGCAGAUGCUGUUUUUUACUUCGCGCACCAUUCCUGGACACCUCCAAUUUAAUAAUACUUUGGACAACCUGCUCAAAUCAAUAUUACCAACAUAAGAAUUUCGUAACUGAUUUGAAAAAGUAGCUUUCGCUAUCCUUAAAAACUUUUUUAUUUAACAAAAAUUGUCGUUUCUUUGGAUCAUGAAUUUCUAAUCAACGUUAAGACUUUGAACAAUUAAUAGUAAAUGAUUUUAGAUCGAAUAUUUUAAGUUUUUCAGUUUUUAGAUCAAAAAAUUUACUGAAUGUUUAUUAGUGGAAUGGUGAAGUAGUUCAUUUGUCAACGGAAUGGUCUGGAACGUUAACAACAGUCGUGUUAGAAGUUUUACAAGUCAAUGAAAAAGUUAUUUUGUACAAAAUUAACUAGAAAUUGAAAGAAAUUAUUUGUGCUGUGUACAGUAUUAAUAGGAAGAUGGUCGAUUACAGUAAAUGGAAAGAUAUUGAAAUUUCAGACGAUGAAGAUGAAACCCAUCCAAACAUUGAUACACCUUCAUUAUUUCGAUGGAGACAUCAAGCAAGAGUGGAAAGAAUGGCAGAAAGGCAGAAAGAAAUGGAAGAAUUUGAAAAGAAAAAGAAAGAACAUGAAAAAAAAUACAAUGAAGUGAAAUCUAAAUUGUUAGAAGCAGAGAAAUCAGGAAAUGCUAGUGUAGAGGAUCUAAAAAAGCAGUUAAUGGAGCUGGAACUGCAAUCUAAAGAUAUUAAAGCAAAGGAAGAAGAACUGAAGAAGAAGGAAAAGAAAACACCAUGGAAUGUUGACACUAUAAGCAAAGAGAAAUUUGCCAAAACAGUUAUAAAUACUAAACCACAAAGGUCAAAGGAUGAGAAUUUAACAGAAGAAGAAAAGGAGGAACGAAUGAAGAAAUUUAUAAAAGAAAAUGAGAAGGACCUCAAACAUUUUGGAAUGCUGAGGAAAUACGAUGAUUCCAGACUGUUCCUUAAAUCACAUAACCAGCUAGUCUGUGAAGAUACUGCAAAUUAUUUAGUUAUUUGGUGCAUUAAUCUUGAAAUGGAAGAGAAACAUGACCUCAUGGAACAUGUAGCACAUCAGACAAUAUGCAUGCAGUACAUUCUGGAGCUAGCCAAACAGCUAGAUUAUGAUCCCAGGGCUUGUGUGGAUGCAUUUUUCUCAAAGAUACAGGUUGCAGAGCCUGAAUACAAAGCUUCAUUUGAUGAUGAAUUAAGGCAGUUUAAGGAGAGAAUUAAGAAGCGAGCACAAGAAAAAAUUGAAGCAGCAGUGAAGGAAAUCGAAGAAGAAGAACGACAAAAACGUUUAGGCCCAGGCGGUUUAGACCCUGUGGAAGUAUUUGAAAGUCUGCCAGAGCCUUUAAAAAAAUGUUUUGAGUCGCAAGAUAUCGCUCUUCUUCAGAAAACGAUAAGCGAAAUGGACGAAGAGGCAGCAAAAUAUCAUAUGAAACGUUGUGUGGAUUCUGGUCUGUGGGUUCCCGAAGCCAAAAACAAGGAAAACGAGGAGAAAGACGCAGAAGGCGAAAAAUCAUCUUAAGAUGUUAGCUUUUAAAUCGUAAUUAUUUUUUCUAUCUUAAUAUUGAACAAAAUAAAUCACCCGCGCGAAUAACUGUAUCAAUUCGUGCUUCUGUAUUAGCCCUGCAUUCACGAUUGUGGCAUGUAAUUGUUCAUCCCCUCAUUGUUUCGAAAGUCGCGAAUGCAAGGAAAAUUAAAAAUAUAGUUAAAAUAACAUUAAAAAAUAUAAA